AUGGCCAGCACCUCUCAUAACCCCGCCAUUCUACUUCGAAGAGUUCUUUCUCUUAGAGAAAACUCACCUUUUGUUCUGGUGAUCGACUCUAUUGGGAGAUCAGGACAGUGCGCCUUGGAAGAGGUAGCCCACGAAGCUGAAGGGUCCACAACUAUCAUCUACGUGUCUUUCGAAACUUUGCAGAAACCUAGAUACGCCACCCAUUUUGUGGAUGGCUGCAAAUCUUCAUCACGGCUGCUGACGACAAUUCAGUCAUUUUUACCGUCUCCAGAACAAUCCAAAUUAUCAGCCGGCAGCAAGUAUUUAGUGGUGAUAGAUAGCAUAAAUUCGAUUUCGAGUGGUAGCUUGGUGCAAUUUGUUACGCAGCUAGCGUCACCAUCAGUCACCUUGCUAGCUGUAUUCCAUAAAGAUGUUCCAGAGUAUCGUUCUGUGGAACUUGAGAACUAUCCAAGCUCAUUAUAUCUUCUGAAGUUCAUGGCCUCGUCAAUUAUGGAAGUACGACCAUUUACAAUCGAUUCGGCUGCUGAACAGGAUCUAGAUUCUGGGCUGCAAAAAUUGGAUAUUCCCACAGGGCUCAACGACUCGGUCUAUAAGCUUGUCUUGACCAAUCGUCGGAAGUCUGGUAGGGCGUUAACAUAUGCAUUCAAAUGUGACGCUGAGACACACUCAUUUACCCCAAUACAAAACAUUGAUUCAACUGUCGAUCCUGAAGACUCUGAAGCAUUUGAAGGUCUAACAACUUUCAACUUGGGUACUUCCAACAAGCAGAAAGUUGCAAAAGAGCAGGUUGCAUUGCCCUUCCUAGAGGCUCAGACUUUUAACACAGGUGGUGCGAUUGUGUAUGAAUUCGAAAAAGAUGACGACUACGACGAAGAGGACCCAUAUGAGGAUCCGUUCUAA